CCGGCUGUCAGCAGCAGCAGCCAAUCAGCGCCCGCAGUGUCCGCCCGGCCCUCUCCGGCCGCGUUGAGGGCGGGACCGAGCCCGGGCCCCGAGCAACACCUCAGGCCAGGCCCAGGAGCCGCGGAGGAGCAGCCGUGCCUCCGGACAGGGCCCGCGGCUCUGCCCGCCGGCACCGGCGAGAACAUCGGCCACGAGUCCGGGGAGAUGAGCAACACGGCACGGAAACAGCUGCUUGAGUGAAGGCUGCGGAAACUGGAACAGCAAAGCCGAGCAACUAGCAGUGUGUGUUAAUCUUAGAUAACAUGAAGAUGGAGGACUAUGAAAUAUUCUGUAGGAAACAUCUUUCCAGAAUCCAAGCAGAGGCAAUAAAAGGAAAAACCUCUUUGACUGUUCAGAACAAAAAUAUCUCCCUCAUUCAAUUCUAUGGAGUUCCUGUGCUUUCCCCUCUGCUUAGCCUUGAAAAGAAAAAGGAAAUACAGCAGUACAAGGAGAAAGCACUGGAGAUAGAGACCAGGAAACGGGAGUCCCGGAAAAAAGCUUUACUGAAUCGUGUUCAGGAGAUUGUAGAAAAUGUCCAGAUGAAGAAAGGACCUAGCAUGAGUGAUGCAAACACAUCGAAGGCUGAGAGUUCUUGCCCUGGUUUGGAUUCAAAGGCUUUGACUGACUUCACAGCUCUAUCAGAUACCAAUUCAGCAUGUACUCCUGAAAGGCAGAGUUCCAUGGACCUGGAAAAGACAUCAGAACUCAGACCAUCAGGUACUGCAGGGCAAAUGACAUCAAAUAUGACAGAAGUAGUUAAGGCAGCAGAAGAAAAUGUUUCUUCAAAGCCAGGUGAGAGUCGCUUCUCGGAAGAUGCGCCGUGUCCGAGGGCUGCAUCUCCUGACAAGGUGUGUAACAAGGUCCCGUCUCAUGCUCUGCAGAAGCAGGAGGGACGAGUGGGGUCACCAUCAGAUGAGGAUGUCCAAGAUCCAUGUGUAAUGAGUCUUCAGAACCUGAUAAAGAAGUCUAGGGAGUACAUAGAGAAAGAGCAAAGCAAGCGUACCUCGAAAAGCAAUUCAAAGAGGAGUACAAGUGAAAGUCACUCGGAUAAAGAAAAUGAUGGUGUCAAAACAACCGACUCUGUGAAAGAGCGGGCCAAGCUUACAGGCAGAAGUUGCACUGCUCAGACACUUGAUAAACCCAGUAUUAAUAAAUCAAGUACUCUUCUCCACUGUGCCUCUAUGCAUCCAAGUAACACAAGUAUGUCCACUUUAUCCAGUUUUUCUAAAGUAGACAUACCUAUGAGAGUUGGAACACCCCCUUUGGUAGAUUCAGAUUCAGAUGAGGAAUUGAAAAAGAAUUCUGUGUUUGAGCGUGACAGUAGCAUUGUCAGGAGCCUCACAGGCUCUUAUACCAAAUUGCCAAGCCCAGAGCCAAGCGUGAGCCCUAAAGUGCACCGACGGCGCCCAAGACCUUUGUCCAUGGGACACAUCAUUAUAAACAACCCUGUGAAUGCUUAUGAGUUAAGUCCUAAAGGUAAGGGUAGAACAAUGGAUUUAAUCAUGCAAGAUAUUGCAGAUAAAAACAAUGUGUCUGAAUCGGUGCCGAAGUUCAUGGUGGACUUCACUACGGUCUGUCCUGGCAGAGUUCCUGGUGUCAGCAGGAAUUCUUUAGGCCCUUGUGAUGGGUUGGGGGCUGGCAGACCAAAGCGCCAUUCCUUCGGGCUCUUUGAAAGCAGAGGAGCAGUGUCGGCUGUGGUGGAAGGACAGGUGGUGAUGGACAGCAGGGGGCCCUGUAAAGCAGAGAGCAGUGCUGGUAUGGCGCCUCCAAAAGUGAAUGAGCCCUUUGCCAUCAGUCAGUCUGCAGUGACACAGAGGAUCCUGGCUGUGAAUGAAAUGAAACCAGCUACUUUGGCAGAAAACGUUAAAUGCAAUUCUCCAAUGGAACUCAAUAAAUCUUACGACGUGGAAAAUCCAUCUCCACUACUAAUGCAGAGCAAGAAUGUGCGACAGCAGCUGGAUAAUACUCCAAAUGUUUCCUCAGCAAAUGAGCAGUUCCCAGAAAAUUUUGAAAAGGUAAAACGUAGACUUGAUUUGGACACUGACAACUGCCAAAAAGAAAACAGUUCCUGUGUUCUCGGAGUUGGAAUGGAAGAACAAGAGAAGCAGUGGUUGCAAGAACAGAAAUAUCCUGUGGGAUCAGUUUACAUUACCAAGAAUGCAGUCCUUGAAAAUACGGCAAAAGAAGGUAUUUUAAAAACCAACAUGCUGACUUUUGAAGAAGUGAAAAAGAGACUUGAAGAACAGCAUGCACAACAACUGUCGAUUCUGAUAGCUGAACAAGAGAGAGAACAGGAGGAACUGAAGGAACUGGAAGAGAAGAAGAGAAAUUCAAAAGGAGAGAAGGUUACUACAACGGAAAUAGAAAUUUCCAAAGUGAAUAUUAACAGCAGGAUGGAGUUGGAGUGGAGGAAAAAAAGUGAAAGUAGCUUGCUGGAAAGUGUGCAGUCUCAGCUGGAGACAGUCCAUAACACAAACUCCACCAGCAUUGGUUUUGCUCAUACAACACCCAACACCUUUUCUUCAACAAGUGAAACUUCAUUCUAUCUCUGGGGACCAUCAGGUAGUGGAAUUAUAAAGACCUCAGUAUGCAGGCCAAGUAGUAGGAUCAAAACUAGGUGGAUUCAGGUUUUCAGUCCAGAGAUGCAAAUGAAGUUUGACAAGAUCACAGCAGUGGCAAAGGGAUUUCUCACUCGUAGACUCCUGCAGACAGAAAAACUGAAACAUCUUAAGCAAACUGUAAAAGAUACUAUGGAGUUCAUAAAAAAUUUGCAGUCUGAAGCCCCAUUGAAAAGAGGAAGUGUGUCAGCACAAGAUGCAUCUCUUCAUGAAAGAGUCAUGGUUCAGCUGCGAGCUGCUCUGUAUGACAUCCAUGACAUCUUUUUCACCAUGGACGCGUCGGAGAGAAUGAACAUCCUGCGUCACGAUCGCGAAGUUCGUAAAGAGAAGAUGCUCAGGCAAAUGGAUAAAAUAAAGAGCCCAAGAGAGCGAAUGAUGCUUUCAACAGCUACACAGAAAUCUCUGGACAGGAAAAAGUACAUGAAGGCUUCAGAAAUGGGAAUACCAAGUAAAAAAACAAUCAUGAAACAAAAACCUCCUCAAAAUCGCAUACUUCAACCAAACCAAGGACAGAAUGCCCCAGUUCAUAGACUGCUUUGCAGACAAGGGCAUGCAAGAUCAAGGAACUAUGUGUCAGAAUCUGAAGUGUGCAAGCUGGAAUCUGUACCCUUGGAUUUUGGUGAUUACCAUCCACUGAAACCUAUUACAGUUACUGAAUCCAAGACGAAGAAGAUGAACAGGAAGGGAAGUACUUCCUCUACCUCCUCCUCUUCCUCCAGUUCAGUGAUGGACCCGCUGAGCAGUGUGUUGGAUGGCACUGACCCCUUGUCCUUGUUUGCAGCAGCUGCAGAUCCUGUGACUACUGCUCCUCCCAUGGAUGGUGCACGAAGGAAACGGGAUAAGGAUGAGAGCUCAGCAGUGGGAAGUGACUUUGAGCCAUGGUCAAGCAAACGUGGUGAAAUCCUUGCUAGAUACACAACAACAGAGAAGCUAUCUAUUAAUCUGUACAUGGGAUCUGAAAAAGGAAAAGCCACAACUACUGGUUCAGCAGUUUCUGAAAAAGUGAGGACGAGGUUAGAGGAAUUGGAUGAUCUGGAAGAGGGAUCACAGAAAGAGCUGUUGAAUUUGACUCAGCAGGAUUACAUGAACAGAAUUGAAGAGCUGAACCAGUCUUUAAAGGAUGCAUGGUCAUCUGAUCAGAAAGUAAAAGCUCUGAAAAUAGUCAUCCAGUGUUCUAAGCUGCUUUCAGACACAACAGUAAUCCAGUUUUAUCCAAGCAAAUUUGUUUUAAUUACAGAUAUCCUUGAUACUUUUGGCAAACUGGUGUAUGAAAGAAUUCUGUCAAUGUGUGUGGAUAACAGAGUCUCUCUGCCAGAUAACUUUUCUCCAGAGAGUGUUAACGAUACAGCUAAAGAAACUUGCUUAAACUGGUUUUUCAAGAUUGCUUCAAUAAGAGAACUCAUUCCCAGAUUUUACGUGGAAGCAGCAAUACUCAAGUGCAAUAAGUUCCUGUCCAAAACGGGCAUUUCGGAAUGUCUCCCACGGUUAACAGCUAUGAUUAGAGGAAUUGGAGAUCCACUGGUUGCAGUCUAUGCCAGAGCAUACCUUUGCAGGGUUGGGAUGGAAGUGGCACCACAACUCAAAGAAAGCCUGAAUAAAAACUUUUUUGACUUUCUCCUCACAUUUAAACAAAUCCAUGGGGAUACAGUUCAGAACCAGCUGGUGGUGCAAUGUGUGGAGAUCCCUCUGUAUUUGACCCUAUAUUCUCCUGCUAUAGACUGGAUUUUACAGUGCAUUGCAUACCAUGCUCCAGAUGUUCUGCUUACUGAGAUGAUGGAGAGAUGCAAAAAGUUGGGGAACAAUGCUUUGCUGCUGAAUUCAGUCAUGUCGGCGUUCAGAGCAGAGUUUAUUGCUGCGAGAUCAAUGGACUUCAUUGGCAUGAUUAAAGAGUGUGAUGAGUCUGGAUUCCCAAAGCAUCUCCUCUUUCGCUCCCUGGGAUUAAACUUGGCAUUGGCUGAUCCUCCUGAAAAUGAUCGCCUUCAAAUAUUAAACGAAGCCUGGAAGGUUAUAACAAAGCUGAAGAACCCACAGGAUUAUAUCAACUGUGCUGAAGUGUGGGUGGAGUAUACCUGCAGACAUUUUACGAAGCGAGAGGUCAAUACAGUUCUGGCUGAUGUUAUCAAACACAUGACUCCUGAUCGGGCAUUUGAAGAUGCUUACCCACAGCUGCAGUCAAUUAUUCAGAAAGUUAUUACCUAUAUUUAUGACUUUGCUCUGCUUUUUUCAGUGGAGAAAUUCUUGCCAUUUCUGGAUAUGUUCCAGAAGGAAAGUGUGAGAGUGGAGGUUUGCAAGUGCAUUAUGGAGUCUUUUAUUAAGCAUCAGCAGGAGCCGACGAAGGAUCCUGUCAUCCUCAAUGCUCUCCUGCACGUCUGCAAGACCAUGCACGACUCUGUGAAUGCACUAACACUUGAGGAUGAGAAAAGAAUGUUAGCAGCUCUGAUAAAUGGAUUCAUAAAAAUGGUUUCAUUUGGCCGUGACUUUGAACAACAGCUGAGUUUCUAUGUUGAAGCCAGGUCAAUGUUUUGCAAUCUGGAGCCUGUUCUAGUCCAGCUGAUUCAUUCUGUGAACCAACUAGCAAUGGAAACCAGAAGGGUGAUGAAAGGAAAUCAUUCCAGAAAAACUGCUGCAUUUGUCAGGGCUUGUGUUGCCUUCUGCUUCAUUACCAUUCCAUCUCUGAGUAGUAUCUUCACACGUCUGAAUCUGUAUCUGCACUCUGGACAGGUUGCUCUGGCAAAUCAGUGCCUUUCACAAGCUGAUGCUUUUUUCAAAGCUGCAGUGAGCCUUGUUCCUGAAGUGCCAAAAACGAUCAGUGUAGAUGGAAAGAUGCGACCUUCUGAUGCCUUCCUCCUGGAAUUCCUGUGUAAUUUCUUUUCCACAUUAUUAGUUGUUCCGGACCACCCAGAGCAAGGAGUGUUGUUCCUUGUGCGAGGAUUACUGAAUGUGAUCCAGGAUUACACCUGGGAGGAUAACAGUGAUGACAAAGUCAGGAUUUAUACUAAUGUUUUGCAUCUGCUGUCUGCAAUGACUCAAGAAGCAUUUAUCUACCAUGUAGAUAAAGUUGAUUCCAAUGAUACUCUGUAUGGUGGAGACUCCAAGUUCCUGGCUGAAAUUAAUAAACUGAGUGAGACAGUGGUGUCACAGAUCCUGGAUCACCUGAAAACCCUGGGAAAGGAGGAGACCCUGAAGAGGCAGAGCCAGCUGGCACUCUAUUUCUUUAACACCAUCCUGGCUCAUGGGGACCUACGGAACAACAGACUGAACCAGCUUUCAGUCAAUCUCUGGAAUCUUGCUCAGAAGCAUGGCUUUGCUGACACCAAGACUAUGGUGAAAACCCUAGAAUACAUCAAGAGGAAGAGCAAACAGCCUGAAAUGAGUCAUUUCACAGACUUGGCCCUCCGGCUUCCUCUGCAGUCCAGGACCUGAUGAGAGCCUCUUCAAGGAGUCACCUGCACAAGGGAGCAUGGAAGCAAGGCCAGAAGUCACUGAUCUCCACUCUCACUGCAGGAGUUCAGUGUUUGUUACUUUCCUUAGUGAGACACAUUUACUUGGGCACAGCAAAGGUAAAACUGUUCUGAGUGCAAUAAUUUAACCUGAGUUUCUGUAUCCAGUUUUACCAUAGCGUUGUUAUUUUAAAUGCUGAUUUACAUUCAGUAAACAGUUGUCUUGAACCUCUAUGGCUGCAAAAGCCUUUUGAGAUCUGUUGUAAUUUUAACAAAAAAGGAAGAUAAUCUGUACAAAGGAGUUCACAGCCUUAAAACUUCAUCCCUCUUGCAGAACAGUCAUUCUCCUCUGCAGAAAACAGCAUUUCAGUGUAACAGACCAAGUUACCUGUCUGCUUUGGGAUGCUGCCAGCAUUUACCUGGCUGGUUCCAGUGGCAAAGAGAAAUGGCUGAGGUGUUGCUGUUCUAAUUUCUACAUUUACACAGACAUGUUUAUGUUUUCAUUUUAGUCCAGUGGCAUUUUGUAAAAUAGAAGGAAUCUUUAAAUGUUGCAAAGGAAAAUGGAAAUUAUGCAAAGUCCUCUAUAUUUGCAAAGUACCUAUCACUGAAUAAAACAAUUUGCAGUUCA